AUUCCCCUCCUCCGUUCCUCUGUCUUUGUCUUGUCCCCCAAACCAUUUCCACAGUUUUCUCAGGAACUUGGAAUGCAAGACAAUCACCUCAGAUUGGAGCGUAGCGGAGCAAAUGAUUAUUGUGCUUCCUUUGCUUGAGAAAGAGAAAGGGAAGAUACGAUGAUCGGGAACAGCGGAGCAGGUGCGCAGCAGAACGAAGGUGGGUGUAAUGGUUCGGAUGGCGGAGUUGGAGGAGGGACCCAGUUGAAGAAAGGGCCAUGGACGGCGGCGGAGGAUGCGAUAUUGGCGGAUUACGUGAGGAAACAUGGGGAAGGGAACUGGAACGCCGUGCAGAAGAACACCGGGUUGGCGCGUUGCGGUAAGAGCUGCAGGCUCCGGUGGGCUAACCAUUUGCGUCCCAACCUUAAGAAAGGCGCUUUCUCACCGGAGGAGGAAAGAAUCAUCGUCGAGCUCCACGCCAAGCUUGGCAACAAGUGGGCACGCAUGGCCACUCAGCUUCCGGGAAGAACUGAUAACGAAAUAAAAAAUUUCUGGAACACCAGAGUGAAGCGGCGGCAGCGCCAAGGCCUCCCCCUUUAUCCUCCGGACAUUCAACCCCUCAACCACCACCCGUUGUCGUCGCCACCGGAGAACCAACAUUUUACCCAUUACCAAACACAUUCGGGGCCCGCCACACCCAUCUCCUCCGCCCCGACUACACCCACGGCUUUCUCCUUCCAAACAACGCCGACCCUUCACGUCCCCACCACCCCAACGCCGCCGUCUCUCCACAGCCCACACUGCACAACUCCGACCACUCUCAACAGCCCGCACCACACAACCACCCCUAUGCUUCUCAGCCCAACUCCGCUGAAUGCCUCUCCGCUUCCCUCCCCGCACACCCCUGUCUACCCAACUCUCCCUCUCUUCGAUUCCUCCGCCUCGGCAUCCAACCCUUCCACUUCCACCACUAAUUCCAGCUUCUUCUCACCCAGAACCCCGCCUUUCCUCCAGACUCCUCCUCGAUUCAAGCGGCUUCACCGUCAACUCGACUGCGAGAAUAGCAACAACACUAGCUUUAAUUUUAACCCUGGCAAUACUACCGCCACCAGCGGCUCAACCACCUCCACCUUUGCCUUCCCCUUUUCGCCUUUGUUGAGAAGUUCUCCUUUUGGACAUACCACUGUUGCCACUUCAAUGCCCAUCUCCGCACACUAUCCUUCCUUUGCCUCGAAACCAUUUUGUUUUGAUCCAUCUACAUCAUUAAGAACAGUUGGUUCCCAUUUGGAUUUGGGACAACUUGCCUCUAUUUCCGACUAUGUUUAUCCGUUGAGAACGGAGCUCCCUUCAAGCCAAUUUUUGUUUCAAGACAGUAAUCCGGAGGUUACAUUCAGUUAUAGGGUAAACGAUGGCAAUGGUGGUGACAUUAACAGCACUAACGAGUAUCAGAAUUUGGGCGAGUCCAGUGGUGGAAGCGGAUUGUUAGAGGAUUUGUUGGAGGAGGCUCAAGCAAUGGCAGGCAGCAGCGAUGGUUUUGGAAGGCAGACUUGCUUCAGCUCGCAAGAGGAGAAGCAAGUCCUGGAUGGGUUCAGCCCUUGGGGAGAUUCAAGCUCUGUGGUAUUGAGACCAAAGGAAGAAACCGCAGACCAGAUGCAAACUGCACAUGAAGAGUUGUCACAGCAGGACAAUGUUAUCCCUUCUCCCAUGCAAGUUCAUGAGUGGUACACCGGGGAUGGUAGGGAGGCCUCUAACGGGCAAUCUUCCGUAGUGACAGACGAUAAUCUUGGGCUCGAUAUGCAUCAAUUAGCAUCUCUAUGUCCCAUGGACACCACAGCUGACCAUGGAAGGGUCCCUAGCUGGGACAACUUCCCUAGAAUUCGCUGACAUGCACAACUCAUGUAAACAGAAAAGGUGGAUGGGCUUUACAUUUUGUUCUGUCUUUGCUGAUAUAUAUGAUAUUUUUUUGUAUUUGGUUUGAUUGUAUAUUCUGUAAUAAAGAUAAUAAAAUAAGAAUUUUAAU